UGAAAGCGCCGUGGUCUCUCAGUGCACAUCCUCUCCCUCUGGAUAAUGACAAGAGACACACAGCGAUGGAGCUGAUUCAUGCUGUCCACGGUUUUCUCAGAUCCCUGCUGUUUCUGCUGCUGUGUUCGGGCUGCCGGGGCAGAGAGUCGGACUUCAACUAUGUCACCUGCGGUUCACUGGUCAAACUGCUCAACACCAGACACAACGUCCGUCUCCAUUCCCACGAUGUCAAAUAUGGCUCAGGUAGUGGACAGCAGUCUGUGACUGGUGUGGAGAAUGCUGACGAUGCCAACAGUUACUGGCGGAUUCGGGGGAAGCCCAACAGUCCAUGCCAGCGUGGGGUAGCCAUCAAGUGCGGCCAGGCCAUCCGCAUCACACACAUGAAGACCGGCCGAAACCUGCAUACACACCACUUCAGCUCACCUCUGUCUAAUAACCAGGAGGUCAGUGCCUUCGGAGAGAACGGGGAGGGUGACGACCUGGACGUCUGGACUGUGCAGUGUGAUGGUAACCACUGGGAACGCGACGAGACCGUGCGCUUCAAACACGUCGGCACCGAUGUCUUCCUCAGCGUGACGGGUGAGCAGUACGGCCACCCCAUCCGUGGCCAGCGCGAGGUGCACGGCAUGAGCUCGCCCAACCAGCACAACUGGUGGCGUGCCAUGGAGGGAGUCUUCAUCCAGCCCAGCCAGGACCCUCUGCGCCACGAUGAGCUUUGAGAACUCUGUCUCCAUUUGGAGACGCAAGUCAUGGAUGUGGGCAAGGGCACACUCUGGUUUCUAGUUCUUAAGUUUUUUGUUUUCUUUUUUGCAGCUGGCCUGGUUGAGGCAAGAUAAUGUGUGAAUGAUGUUUGAUAUUUGACUGAUGACCCUUCACUUCCCAUGUGAAGCGUUAGCAUUCAGGUGCUCUGAGACAAGAAGGGUAACAUGUUUUUUUUCUGACAAUUUACAGAUUAGUUAUAUGUAGUGUAGCCAUAAGACCUGCAUUUGAUUGAUUUACUCCUUUGAGAAUUAGAUUUCAGAAGGGAAAAAACAUUUUUUCAGGGAAAAUCUUCAUGAUAGCUCUAUCUAUAUAGUCUCAAACUCCUGAGGAAUGCUAGCGACUGAAAUGAAACUUAGUGAAGUCUUGACUACUGAAUAUUCAUGAACUUGUACUCAAAGUUUAAAGGGGUACUAAGUAAUGUAGGACCUCAAUUAACAACCAACCACCCAGGAAUCAAACAAAAAUGGAUAGGACAUAUAACUAAUCUUGUAUAGCCCCACCCCCCUGUCCCCCUGAGCUAUUCUGCCCAUUAUUGCAAUAAACUAUGAAGUCACAUUUUUGCAACAAAAGUAUAAGCCAGCCACCUGUAACCAAAGUAGAAAUCAAACAGAAACCUGUAAAGAAGUACGUAUGUAAGUAUGUGACCAUGCAAAAUCCUGUAAUAAUAAUAAUAAUAAUAAUAAUAGUACUGCUUUGUCAAUUGCUUUUCUGCUUGAGAGAUAGGCUUUACUUCCACAAACCAGCUUUUUUGUGAAAUUCAAUAGGAAGCAGCCAUUAAACGCACAAAAGUGCUGCCACCACGCCUGUGGUCCUGCAAAGGGCACUGAUUGGUGCGACCGUUUUUUGGUGGGAACCCGAACACUUGUGUGGAGAGGCCAGACUGGUUUCACAAGUCAAACUAAUUUGAUCUCGUGAGACCAGCUGGCUAUUGGUUGGCUGCUGGUCAGGGUGAUUUGAAUCUGCAAACCAAAACUUGAAUGUCAGGUUAUGGAAUAUGUUUCAGUCCUUCAAUUAGGUUACUAUUAGAAAUCAAAAUUUAGGAGAUCUUUUGUCUCUCAUUGUGAAGUUGCCUGGCUAACUUGGUUUGCCCUCUCAUAUGCUCCAUCUGCUGUUCUUUACUUGUGUAGUUUUGGUUUCCAUGCUUUUUGCUAACUCUACAUGAUUUUUGCUGAUAUGUUACGUUGAACCAGUUGGGGCCAAAGGAGAUCACCUCACACAGCUCUGGCUUACAAUAAUUCAAAAUUAACUUCAUCUUUACUAGGUUUAUUCUAAAUAGCCACGUACUAAUGUUUGCUACGGUAACACCUGACACAUUUCCCCUCCUUACCACUCUUAUCUUAGGGCUUUUCUACUUUGUAUGUGCUGUCCUCCCCUUAUGUGGCAAAUAUUUAUGGUGAUCUGUAUAUUUGUAUGGAGAGAUGAGUUCAUAUUUUUAAAAUGACCAAUUUUUACUGUAUUUUGCACCUGCCUAUUUCCUUGCUGUAUGUUUGGUUGAACAUUUUUCUUAUCGUGACAAGUGAUGUACAAUUUCCUCAGUGCUCAAUUGUCAGUAGAUACUAAAAACUGCAUGUCCAAAAUGACAAGCAAGAUGUUAAAUUGUGUCUGUGCCUCCAUCCUUAAUGUAAAGUGAAUGCUGUGUUGACUUGCCUUAUUUGGGCUGGCUGCAUGCUCAGUUAAGGGAAGUCAGUCAUUCACAGACAGCUGUUGAGGUUACACUCGGUUCAAUCGAUUCUCGUGCAGUCCAUGAUGGUGUGAUGAACAUGCCAACGCUAAAACUGCAUGUUUAGACGAACCCCGUCCAAUGUUUGGAUUCACUCAGUAAUUUGAGCGAGUUAAAAAGCCUUCCGUCUAACCUGUUUUCUGAUUUUGCAUAAAAUUACAUCUAUGAUUUCCCUGUAUUGAAUGAUCAUGUCAUUUCUGUAUAUUUGAAUGCUCUGACUUUCGGAAAUGCCUGGAAUGAAAAAGAUGCCCUGUGGUGAAGUAAAUGACAGCAGUGAUCCAUGUUACUCUUGUGGAAGUGACUUUUCAAACAUUAAAAUAAUUCACAACAUUCA